GAUCAGAAUGAUAAAUGGCAGUGUUUCAGGUUGUAUCUGCACCUCGGGAUGGAGCCCUUCUCAGGCUCUAUACUUUGGUUGAAAGUUUGGUGGACAAAUUCCAACCCCAGGCUCAUUUUCAGCUAUUACUUGGAGAGGGCUCACUUUCAUGGGGGAAUCCCCUUACUGACACAAAGCAACCCAGGCAGUGAAAACAAUGGGAUUGCAAAUGGACAUACCUUUCUGUGGCAACAACUCAAUCUGACACUCAUAGGGAAACUUCAGCAUAGAUGGAAAUGUGGCCACAGCAACAUGAAGCCCAAAAUCAAAUGGAGCCAGCUGUGUCAUGAGUUCACUCAAGGGUAUGAGAAUCUAUUUGAUGCAGGUGUCCAUCUGAUGAUGGGAAGCAAUGCAUUCCAUUGGCUAGCCAUUCCAUGGAUUCAAAGAAAGGUGGACAAAUAUGUUGAAAUGCACAAUACCAGCAAGCCACACAAGGACAAAAGAAAACUGCUACCACAGGGGAUACCUCAAGAUAUCUUCUAUCACCCUGAGUGGUAUGACAAUGCAUACUCUUUCAAAGUAGUGGUCACUCCUGAAGACUUAUCAUUGGCCGAAACAAAAUAUGCACCAGCAAGUCAUCCAGUAUUUGAGCUUGUGCCGGAGCAUUUUCAUGUGGAGAUGGACAGGCUGUACCAAGCUUUGGGUGCACCUGAAGUGACCAUGGGAAACUUUUGGACAAUAUAUCAAGAACUGCUGGAA